UGGAGAAUGGAGGGUGCCAUUACAAGUUAAAUGUAAUGCUUCUCGUGAGUAACCUAAUACCACUUUUUGUUGGUUGGCAACUUGACAUUUAAUUAGUCAUGUUAGUGCUUUUUUAGUCUUAAUCUCUUAGUUUCCAUAAGGUAUAGUAAGAUUUUCAGACAUGGGAUGCAUAGGGUCAACUCCAAAGGAUUCUUGUGGAAAUAGAAGGCGGCCAGGGAGUAUCGGAGAAGUUUCAGUAUAUGUUCCUGGUUUAAGAAUUCCGAAACCUGUUGAUUUUAUUCAAUCACUUGGUGAUUAUUUAUCGAAGAAUUUAAUUGAACGGCUAUCUGCUCUUAGAACGCGUAUAGUUGUAAUAGCUAGCCAAGAAGGUCCAACAAUUACAAGAACAAAAAGAAAAAGUGUUACUCAACAUGGUGGUUCGACGCUGGCUACUCUUCUGCAGGCUCUUGAAGAUUACUUGCCGGUUCUUCUGGGAUUAGUUAAAGACGGAAGCCAUUUACAAUACAAAGUACAAUUUGUUUGGAUGAAUCAAGAGGAUGAUAAAGAGGAAACAACCAUGUCUAAUGCUUGGUAUGAGGUGUUGUCGGUUUUGCAUUUGAUGGCAAUGUUACUACUGUCACGGGCUAAUUUGUUGCUGCUUCCAAGAUCAUCCAGUGAUGGUCAUCAGCAGAAAGUAUCGGACGAAAACAGACGAACUUCUAUUGAUAUCUUCUUAAAGGCUUCUGGAUAUCUUGAUUGUGCUGUCAAACAUGUUCUUCCACAGCUACCUGCAGAACUCAGGAGAAACUUACCAGUUGACCUAGCAGAAGGAGUUCUCCGAGCACAAUCUCUACAAGCGUUAGGACAGGGUGUAGAUAUACAACUUGGAAUGGCGAUUGAUAGUGCUAAAGCAACUCUUGCAGUGAAGCGUAGACUUGCAUGCGAGAUGUUGAAAUGUUGGCAACAGGCUCAAGAUAACAUUAUGAACCUUCCGCUAUCAAAUGGUUGGGGCGAAAAACAUCACCUUCUUGUCAAAUGGAAAUAUGUUGAAGCUAAGGCUGCAGCAUAUUAUUAUCAUGGUUUGAUUCUUGAUGAGGGAAAUACAGAGAAGUCUCAUGGGAUGGCAGUAGCUGCUUUGCAAGCAGCAGAUGAAUAUUUCAAAGAAAGCAAGAAAUUGUGUGACGCAUUCAACACGUCUCCUCCAUUGUCAAGAAAUCCACCACUUUGGGGGACCAUGAAGUAUCUCUCUGAAAAAAUUCCUAAGGAUACUUCAAGCAAGGUGCGAAUAAAUCGCGAUCUAUACACUCACGAAAGGAUCAUGGAGACAGCUCCAACAUUGCCUGAAUUUUCCUUGGCAUUGAAACCAGAUGAAUAUCAACUUCCACAAGUGGACUCUUCUUGGAGAACAGAGAACAUUAAAGUGACACAAACUCAUUCUAAUCAUCUUAAUGGUGACAAAUGAUAAAAUACUUAGAAUUUGCCAAUUCUCAAAGAAUUGUUAUCUUGUUUGAAAGGUGCAACUCAAAGAAGGGUGUUUUUUACAUUUUGGUCAAUAGGAAAAAUAAAUUAGUUUUUUUUUUCCUAUCUGUACUUUUCUUCUAUUUUUUAUUAUACUUUAAUAUAUUGAUUUUUUUCUUCUUCUCUUAAUCCACAUAAUUGAAAGAGAUAUUGCAAAUAGUGCUUCCAAUGGCUUUGAAUGAAAACUUGUCCCUCAGGGAACACAAUAUAUUUAGGUUUCAAUGGAUUCAGCAAAAGAGUAAUAAUAUUUGUGUCCUCUAAUUAUUUGUU